AUGGUUGGGUCUAACAGCUUCCCCAAAGGCGGCUUGCUGGAACUUGGUCACCAGCUGAUGGGCCUUCGGGAAAUGAUCAGGCCCUGGGACUCCACAUCAGAGGAUGAAUCCAUUCAUGAUGAAGCUGCUGUCCUGUUGGGAGGGGAUGAGAACUUAGCUGGGACCUACUUGGCGAGAAUGGAUCCCGAGGAAGACUACUCCAGUUUUAGACAGGAAAAUGGAUUUGGUAGUGGGAUUGGGGUCCUGUCUCAGCCUCCCUGGUGCUGGGAUUACAAUUAUGCUCCAUGGUGUCCUGCUUGUCAAAAUCUUCAACCAGAGUGGGAAGGUUUUGCUGAAUGGGGAGAAGAUCUUGAGAUAAAUGUUGCAAAAGUAGAUGUCACAGAACAGACAGGAAUGAGUGGACGGUUUAUCAUAACUGCUCUUCCUACGAUUUAUCACUGUAAAGAUGGUGAAAUUAGGCGCUACCAGGGUCCAAGGACUAAGAAUGACUUCAUAAACUUUAUAAGUGAAAAAGAAUGGAAGAGUAUUGAGCCUGUUUCAUCAUGGUUUGGUCCAAGUUCUAUUCUGAUGAGUGCUAUGUCAGCACUCUUUCGGCUCUCUAUGUAUGUCAGGACUUGCUAUGACUAUUUUAUUGAAGACCUUGGACUACCAGUUUGGUCAUCAUACACAAUUUUUGCUUUAGCAACUUUGCUUUCAGGAUUGUUAUUAGGACUUUUAAUGAUAUAUGUGGCCGAUUGUCUUUGUCCUUCCAAAAGGCGCAAACCACAGUCAUAUCCUUCAAAAAAACCAUUAUCGGAAUUUUCUCAACCUUUGAAAAAAAUGAUCGAGGAGCAAGAAGCUGCUGCUGAAGAUAUUUCAGAAGAAGUAGCGGAAAGUAAAGAAGGAACAAACAAAGACUUUCCACACAGCACCGUACGACAACGCCCUGUGGGCCCAUCAUUGCCCCCAGAUCAAUCCUAGUUAAUUU